GACCUUCUUGCUGUGCGGCAACAGUGCUAACCACCGUGCCACCGUGCUGCCUAGUUUUUUGAGAUUAUUUAAUUUAAUUAAGUUGAGUUGAGUUGCUGCCCCACGUGGAGGAGUUUAGGUAUCUCUGGGCUUCAAGUGAAGGGAGAGGGGAGCAAGCGUUUGAUAGAUGAAUUGGCUGCAGUGAUGAAGAGAGAACUGAACGUAAAAGCGAAGCUCUGGAUUUACCUGUCACUCUAUGUCCUUACUCUCACCUACGAUCACUACCCAGAGUUUGUGACUAAAAGAACAACACUGCAGGUACAAUCAGCAGAAAUGGGCCUUCUUCGAAGGGUGGCUGGCCUCUCCCUUAGAAAUAGGGUGAGGAGUUCACCCAUCGGGAGGGGCUCAAAGUAUAGACUCGACUGUAGAGUGGAGGAGUGGAGAGCCAGUGGAGUUAGUUCAGGCAUUUCGCAAGGAUACCUCCUGGGUGUCUCCUGGGCGAGUUGUCUGGACCUAUCAAAGUAACCAACACAGGGGCCAGAACUUGACAGCAAUAAACCCCACCCUCACUUAGCACAAAAUAAAAAAAUAACAUGAAUAGUAAGCACACCGACUAAACGACCUGAUGUGCUCUGUUGGAACCGUGUAUGCGAUCGUGGAGCUUUUAGAUAAAAUAAUAGUAAAACCUAUUCAUAACCCUUGUUCAGUGUACUUGCGCUAAUGACGAGAUGAACUAAUGCAACAUCUCUCUAAUGAGAGGACUUUUGUUUUAAAAGCAACCGGAAGUGGCGCAGAGUGGGUGUGUCUCAGCUAGCCGUGGGGAACGCCCUGGAUGCGGCUUUCGGACACGCUGAGUGCCAACACGCCCGCUGAUCGCUCGUUGUUUCUGCACCUCGUCUCGGCUCGUGUGGACUCGUAGCCAUGGCUCACCGCUCUCUGUGCGCUCUGUGUGCGCUGCUGCCGCUGCUGCUGCCGCUCCAAGUUCUGCCUCAGGACUUGAAGCUGGAGGAUGCUCUGGAUGAUGCAGACAAUAAACCACUGACACCAGCACCUACAAAAAAGCAAACAGCACCAUCAGGAGGAGCAGGCGGAGACUUUAAACUGGAGGAUUUCUUUAACGAUGUCACCACCACCACCACCAAAGUCCCACCCAAGGUUUUCCCCAGGGUCCCUGCAGCCACCAAGGCCCCAGCGAAGCCCAAACCCAAGCCAG